UUCGUCUCCAGGUUACAGUCAUUCAAUUUGAUCAUUCGAUUUUCGAUUGAUAACAGAAAAAAAUCACCAAAUCUCAGCUCACAAUAUCACAUUCGUUUUAUUAUUAUUUGGUGAUUGUGUUUAUUUAUGACACAAAUGCGUUCACCGAUCAUUGUUGGUGAUGAUUGAUUUCAAUUUUGAUUAUGAAAACAGCAAAGAUCAUCAUAAGAUCGAUGACAAUAACCUAAUACAACAACGAUAAUAUUAAUAAUAACGAUCUAUUACAAUAAUUCGGAAUGGCCACUACACAACAACAAGUUCCAACAUCCAACAUAAUGAAUAAUAUUUCAACAAAUAAUGGUGAUACAAAUAAUACUUCUGGUGGUGGUGUUGGUGUUGGUGGUGUGAAUGUUGUUGUUGCUGCACCACCACAAGAUGCAACAAGACGUUUACAAACAAAAAAACAAACAUUAGAUGAUGCAUAUGCUGUGCCGGCAAAUUUUCUUGAAAUCGAUGUUUGUAAUCCGAUUACACAUGGUGUUGCACGUAAUCGUUAUACAGAUUAUGAAAUAAGAAUGAGGAGUAAUCUUCCAAUAUUUAAAUUAAAAGAAUCCAGUGUAAGACGUAGAUAUUCUGAUUUUGAAUGGCUACGUUCAGAAUUGGAACGUGAUUCUAAAAUAAUGGUACCACCAUUACCAGGAAAAGCAUGGAAACGACAAUUACCAUUUCGACAAGAUGAUGGCAUUUUCGAUGAUGAAUUUAUUGAGGAUCGAAAAAAAGGUCUUGAACAAUUCAUUAAUAAAGUUGCUGGUCAUCCAUUGGCACAGAAUGAACGUUGUUUACAUAUGUUUUUACAGGAUCCAAUUAUUGAUAAAUCUUAUGUACCGGGUAAAAUUCGUAAUACAUAAUGUGUGGAAAAUUGAAUUUUACUGCUAUGGAAGAAUUUUUUUUUAAACAAAAAAAAACUGGAUUCAAAGAAAAAAUUAACG